AUGGAUAGAUCCACGCAAGAGCUCUUCCUCAACUUUAUGAUAGUACUGAUAACAGUACUCCUUAUGUGGAUUCUGGUGAAGUCUUAUCAAGACUGA